AACGUUCAGUCCAAACUCCAAAUGAAGACAAGGGUCGCGACUCUCCAACAUCCUCUCUCCUGGUGAAGUGGUAAUUGCCCCGGCACACGCCGCUUCUCCGGUUCUCUUCCCCCACUCCAUACUGCUGCUCUUCCCCGGCUGCGUUGGGGUUUCAGGUUUGACCUCGGCGGGCGCGCCAUGGCGGAGGACGAGGCAACGGCGGCGCGCGCCAGGCAGCAGAGGCAGCCGCCGUCGUGGGCGGACAUCCCGCGGGACCUGGCCGUCCAGGUGCUCCGCUUCCUCCCGGCCCAAGUGGACAGAGCCUGCUUCGCCGCCGUGUGUCCGCAGUGGCGCGGCGCCGCGCGGAACGCCCUCCUGCCGGCGCCCCUGCCGCUGCUCGCGCUCCCGGACGGCGCCUUCUACUGCCUCCCCUACGGCAAGCCCUUCCGUUUCCCUCGUGCCGGCUGCGCCGGCUACAAGACCGCCGCCUGCGGCCGCUGGCUCGUCUUCCCGCACGACGACGGCUGCUUCUUGGUCGACCCCUUCGCCGGCGCCACCGUGACGCUCCCCGCCCUGUCCCGUGUCCGGCUCCGACCCCCAAAUGCGGUUGCUAGUUAUGUAAAUGUUGGGAUCGCAGGGCGUAAUGCACAUGUCAGCAUGUUCUACCCUCACGCUACUUGGAUGCAUAUCAAGACUUCGGACAAGAUGCCCAUAAACAAGCUACUCCUGUGCUCGCAGAACCUCGUCGCCGCGUUCAUCGGCAGCUCACUCGCCAAUGCUGGACGCAACAGCCAGAUUCUAGUGUGCCAGCCAGGGGCGUCCUCAUGGUCGGUACGAGCUUAUGACAAGUGCAAGCUGUUUGAAGACAUGGCAUUCUACCGGGGGAAGCUGUACGCCCUCGCUCAUGAUGAGAACCUCCUUGUCGUCAACAUCAGCCAGGAUCCAAACACCGGCGAUCCACAGAUCUCCCAAAUUGGGCAGGUCAUCAAGGGCGAUCCCACCUGGUCUUCAGUUCUGAUUACGGAUGACGACGACACAAGCACAACGGACAAAAAGAAGCUCUACCUAGUUGAAUCAUGUGGUGUAUUGCUGAUGGUACGCAGGAAGGUUUGCUGCAGAGUGGUAGGCAAGACCGUCGUGCCUGGACAGAACGAGUUUGAGGUGUUCAAGGCUGAUUUGGAGAACUCACGGUGGGUGAAUGUGACAACCCUUGGGGUUGAUCAGAUGGUUUUCCUUGGACGGCCAUGCUCUAAGGCAGUGUCCGCGUCUCAGUACGGGAUGCCAAAUGACCAAAUCUUCUUCCUUGAUGAUGUUAUGGAGAAUAACAAGGAGUAUUCCUAUGAGGAGGAGACCACUUCUGUCAAUGUCUACGACAUGAGGAGCGCCGAGGUCUCUUCCCCUCUGCCGAUGGCCUGGAAGCAUGAGAUGAUUUCUGCAACAUGGCUGUUCCCUUGGGAUUGAAGCGAAGGUGUGUUGCCAUGCAAUCUCGCAGUGAUUAUUAGUUGUCCUGGACCAUUGUAGGUUGAUUGAUUUACUGAUGUUAACUUCAUCCGAAUUCGUCAGGCCUCAGCCUUAGUGUGGUGACUAAGUUCUUUUGGGGAAACCUCAAUUAUCUGACUGUAGUUUGGUCCAUGUCUAAGUAUUUUGGAGUUGAUGACACAAUGCUAAUGUUGUGAACUUAUAAUGAAUCUUUUGUCACCAGCUGGGCUUAUUUGAAUUGUGUAUGUUUUUAUCA